AUGGCGGAUAUUUCUUGGCCUAUGCUCGGACGAGUGAACACUUCAACCAGGGAUUACAGCGCUAAUGCCGAAAUUACCGCUGAUGGUCGCGCAAACAUAUGCUAUUCAAAAUGUCGUGACUUUCCCACAAGAGGAUCGAAGAUAAUAGCAAAGAUCGCCGACCGCAGGCCGCCUUGGUCCAAGAAUUUCGAGACCGACUUUAAAUCUACUCUGGGCAGAUAUUCUGGAAUUCCUAGCAUUAACAUCGCUAUCUUUGUGGUCGGCUCGAGGGGCGAUGUUCAACCCUUCAUUCCUAUCGCGCAGUUACUUUCCAAACCCCCGUAUUCGCAUCGGGUGAGAAUAUGCACGCAUCCAGUGUUUAAGGAGCUUGUUGAGGAGAAUGGAUUGGAGUUUUUUUCGAUUGGCGGAGAUCCCGCUAGUUUGAUGGCGUAUAUGGUAAAGAAUCCGGGGUUAAUGCCCGGGAUAGAAAGUUUGAAGUCCGGCGACGUUUUCAAACGGAGAUCAGAAUUCUCAGAAAUUCUGGAGGGCUGCUGGCGCGGUUGUAUUGAGGCUGGAGACGGCAUUGGAACCGAAUCAGAAGCUGCUUCACAUCAGCGAAAUUCAGAAGAACCACCCCCUGCGUUCGUCGCAGAAGCAAUCAUUGCAAACCCUCCAAGCUAUGCUCAUAUCCAUUGCGCGGAAAAAUUAGGCAUUCCUCUACACAUGAUGUUCACGAUGCCAUGGUCGCCCACCCAGGUGUUUCCGCAUCCCCUCGCAUCGCUAGAUCGCCAUGAGAGAGAUCCGGGCUUUGCUAAUUUUAUUUCAUACACGAUGAUGGAACUUUUGGCUUGGCAAGGCCUUGGAGGUGUGAUAAAUACGUUUCGAAUCAACACCCUACACUUAGAUCCAGUAAGCCCCCUCUGGGGUCACAUGCUCCUCUCACGCCUGAAGAUUCCAUUUACAUAUCUCUGGUCGCCGACGUUAAUAGCCAAGCCUCCCGAUUGGCCAUCCUACAUCAAUAUAGCUGGGUUUUCUUUCUUAGAGCAAGCGUCAACUUAUGAACCCCCAGAAGAUCUUGUGGCAUUUCUCAAGGCCGGGCCACCACCAGUAUACAUUGGCUUCGGAUCUGUUGUUGUCGAGAAGCCAGAUGAACUGACGAAUAUGAUAUUCGGUGCCGUCAAGCGAGCUGGCGUUCGAGCUAUAGUAUCCAAAGGUUGGGGCGGAUUUGGUGGAGAGCAGCCCCCUGAAGGUGUGAUGCUCAUUGGAAAUUGCCCCCAUGAUUGGUUAUUUAAAUAUGUUUCUUGUGUUGUUCACCAUGGAGGAGCCGGAACUACGGCGAUUGGAAUCGCAAUGGGGAAACCGACCGUGAUCGUCCCAUUCUUCGGAGAUCAGCCAUUUUGGGGCGCUAUGAUAUAUAAAGCUGGAGCCGGACCUGAGCCUGUACCUUUCAGGAAGAUGACGGAAGACUCCCUUGCCGAUAGCAUUACACAGGCCCUCGAUCCUAAGAUACAAGCGGCCGUGCAAAGAAUGAGCGAGGGAAUUUCCACCGAAAAUGGUGCGACGGACGCCGUGAAAUUAUUCCACCAAGCUGUCAAUAUGGAUUCCAUGAGAUGUCGCCUAGCGCCAGGCAGGGUUGCUGUCGGGCGGAUUAGGAAAACGAACAUCAGAUUGAGUCUUCUAGCCAUAUCAACACUGAUUGAUGAAGGCUAUCUACAUAUCUCACAGAUAAAAUUGGAUUGGUAUAUCGAUGAAGGAGCGGUUACUCCGGCGAUGGGCGUAAUUGCUGUCGCUUCCGGCGUGGCAACUAAAACAAUAUCACUUGCUUCUGAUUACAAAAGAUCUCUGUCCCGCACAUUCCGUAAGAAAACGUCAUCCCUAGGAGCAGACACUCCACCGGAGGAGCAUCAGGAUGAUCACUCAGAAUUGUAUGCCCCACCCUCGCAACAUCCCGUACAAGCUGCGUUGGACUACCCCCAGGAGCGUCUCGAGGCUGUAGCACACCAGCUGGCAUCCAAAUCUUUACGCAAGCCGCCGAAGAGGGCCUCUUCAACCCGGAAGUCGAUGAAAUCUGCGCGAAGGCCGCCCUUCGAUAGCAUCAUCCCGGAAGAUCGUGGUAGGGCUUGCGAAACUGCCCAUGGGACUUGGACAUUUGCUUCUGGCAUGGCCGUAACAGGAUUAAAAGCUCCGGUUGCACUCUUUUAUAACCUUGCAAAUGGUUUUCACAACGCCCCCUCUUUCUAUUUAAAUGACAAGACUGUUAGGAAGCGUGAUAAGAUCACCGGGCUCGGGAGCGGCCUCAAGGUUGCCGGGAAGGAAUUCGUAUUAGGCAUAUUUGAUGGCACCACAGGCAUAAUAUAUCAUCCUUACUGUGGUGCGCGUGAACACUCAUUGCCGGGUUUCCUCGUCGGAAUUGGCCAAGGUUUUGGUGGGCUCGUAUGUAAGACUUCAGCCGCUGCCUUCGGCCUCCCAGGUUACACACUGAAAGGCGUGGAAAAACAACUCAGUAAACGCAAAGAUCGAGACCUGAAAGCCAAGAUUCUCACAGCGAGGUUACGACAGAGUUUGUUGGAAUUUCAGAAGUCAAGUCAAGAGGAAAGAGAUGCUAUUAUCAAGAGGUGGAAGGAGCUGGGUAGCGUUGUUCCUUGA